GCCAGGAUGAGUCUCUCAGCUAAAGACAAGGCUAUCGUGAAGUCCUUCUUUGCAAAAGUUGCUGGUAGGGCAGAAGAGAUUGGUAACGAGGCUCUGUCCAGAACCCUGGUCGUCUACCCUCAGACCAAGACCUACUUUGCCCACUGGAAAGACCUGAGCCCCGGUUCUCCUAUGGUGCGGAAGCACGGGAAGACAGUCAUGGAUGGUGUCCUGGAUGCUGUUGAAAAAAUGGAUGACCUCAUUACUGGCCUUUUCACUCUCAGCGAGCUGCACGCCUUCAUGCUGCGAGUGGAUCCUCAAAACUUCAAGAUGCUGUCUCACAACAUUCUUGUGGUGCUGGCCAUGCUGUAUGGUGAAGAAUUCACCCCUGAGGUGCACCUUGCUGUUGACAAGUUCCUUGCCAAUGUGGCCUUGGCUUUGUCCGAGAAGUAUCGCUGA